CGAGGGCCGCCGGGAAGGGUCUCCCUGGCGAUCCGAGGUGUGCUGCUGCCGCUGCUGCCGCCGCCGCCGCCGCGGAACCGGUGCUGCGGCGACGCCCGCGUCCCUGCUGUCUUCCUCGGGUUCCCCGGGGCUUGACCCCCGGGGCCCUCGGCAGGCGUCGGUGAAGAGCCUGCGGAGCUAACCUGUGCUCCCGUACCUGCCUUCCACGACCUCAUAUCGCGACUCCGAGGAGGGGGAGCGAGAGGAGCUGUCGCGACUCCGCGCCGUGUGUCGCCGGGCGGGGCCGCGGGGCCGGGGCUCCUCCAGCCCCCGGGAUGCGCGCGCGAGCCCUCGCCUCCACUUCCUUGUUGCCGCUGUCACGACUGGAGCCGCUUCUCGCCGACAGCGGGGAGCGCGAGUGCGCCGGCCAGCCCCCUCGUCGUGCCCUCGGGCCGGACGCCUCCGGGAAUGUGAGCCGCGCGGCGUGCACGCUCCUCCGGACUCGAACCUGAACUAGCUGAAGGACCUACCUGCUCAAAGUCACACAAGCUGGCAGAGUGUAAAGAAAUCUAUUACAUACAGCCACUUACUGCGUGUCUGAAUGAAUCAUUGAAGCAGUUUGCUUAAGGUAAUGAAACAUGAGAGAGGGUCCAGAACUUCUGACUCCUGGCUAAGUAUUCUUUUUACCUGUUACCAUAUGGAAUUCUUAUAAUGUGGGGGCCAUUCUUUGAGUUGAAGAAUUAUUACGUCCCAUGAAUAAUUAUAAGCAAAUGGGCUGUCUAAGCUAGUGAUCCUAAAUUUGCCUAGUCAAAGGAAUCACCUGGGACACUUGUUAAGCAUGCAGAUUUCCAUACCCUCUGGAGAUUUCAGAUUCUGAAAAGCUGAGGUGGAACCCUGGAAUCUGUAUGUUUGUUAAGUACUCCGCCCCCCCUCCUCCUCCCAGUGCUUCCUAGGAUCUGCUGAGUUUGGGAAAUGACUGAACCUUAAGGGCCUGGCAGAGAUAGGGGAUCACUGGAUCAAGUGCCUGCUGUCCUUUUUAGGACAGAUUCUUGAAACUUGUUUGUGUUUGCCUUUGCUCUAGCCAUGGAUGCAUCAUAUGAUGGUACUGAGGUAACUGUCGUGAUGGAGGAAAUUGAGGAAGCCUACUGUUAUACCUCUCCUGGGCCACCCAAGAAGAAGAAAAAGUACAAAAUACAUGGAGAAAAGGCCAAGAAACCCAGGUCGGCUUACCUUCUCUACUAUUAUGACAUCUACUUGAAAGUGCAGCAGGAGCUCCCCCACCUCCCUCAAUCCGAGAUCAAUAAGAAGAUUAGUGAAAGUUGGAGGCUCCUGAGUGUGGCUGAGAGGAGUUAUUAUCUGGAGAAAGCCAAACUAGAGAAAGAAGGUUUGGAUCCUAACUCUAAGCUCUCUGCACUGACUGCUGUGGUUCCGGACAUCCCAGGUUUCCGCAAGAUCCUCCCCCGCUCAGAUUACAUCAUCAUCCCCAAGAGCAGCCUACAGGAGGAUCGGAACUGCCCUCAGCUAGAGCUUUGUGUGGCCCAGAACCAGAUAUCCCCUAAAGGGCCAUCUCUUGUGUCCAGUGCUGCCCCGGAGGCAGUGCCCAGCCAUGCAGGCAUGGCAGAGCAGUGCCUGGCUGUGGAGGCCCUAGCUGAGGAGGUGGGAGCCCUUGCCCAGCCAGGUGCUGUACAAGAGAUCGCUACCUCAGAGAUCCUCAGCCAGGAUGUGCUCCUGGAGGAGGCUUCCCUGGAGGUAGGAGAGAGCCACCAACCGUACCAGACAAGCCUGGUGAUUGAAGAGACCUUAGUGAACGGCUCACCAGACCUCCCCACCGGAAGCCUGGCUGUGCCCCACCCCCAGGUUGGGGAGAGCAUGUCAGUGGUAACUGUCAUGAGGGAUCCCAGUGAGAGUAGCUCCUCUGCGCCAGCCACGCAGUUCAUCAUGUUGCCUCUUCCUGCCUACUCAGUUGUGGAGAACCCCACCUCCAUCAAACUGACCACUACAUACACCCGCCGGGGCCAUGGGACAUGCACCAGCCCAGGUUGCUCCUUUACCUAUGUCACCAGGCACAAACCACCCAAGUGCCCUAUCUGUGGUAACUUCCUAGGAGGGAAGUGGAUCCCAAAGGAAAAGCCAGCCAAAGUCAAAGUGGAAUUGGCUCCUGGUGUCUCCUCCAAAGGUUCGGUGGUUAAAAGAAAUCAGCAGCCUGUCACCACUGAGCAAAACUCCUCUAAGGAAAAUGCCUCCAAACUGACUCUGGAGAACUCAGAAGCUGUAAGCCAGCUCCUAAGUGUAGCUCCUCCGAGAGAAGUGGGUGAGGAGAAUGAGUGGGAGGAAGUGAUCAUCUCAGAUGCCCAUGUUUUGGUCAAGGAAGCUCCUGGGAAUCGUGGUACGGCAGCCACGAAGACGCCGGUGGUCAAGAAUGGUGUGCCGCCUGAGGUCUCUCUGGGGACAACUGAGAAUGACAGUCCAGGACCAGACAUACCACCACCAGCUGAGAGGACCAGCACCUCCAGUCCUCUCCCUGCUCCCAAAAAGCCUGCAGGAGUUGACCCGCUCACCCCUGGGCUCAGAGCCCCUGAGCUUAAGGGCAAAGCUCGGGGCAAGCCCUCAUUACUGGCUGCGGCAAGACCCAUGAGAGCAAUUCUCCCAGCCCCAUCUAAUGUGGGCCGAGGCAACAGCAUGGGACUGUCCAGGGCCAGGCAGGCCUUUCCCCUGAGUGAUAAAACCCCCUCUGUGAGGACUUGUGGCCUGAAGCCAAGCACGCUGAAGCAGCUGGGCCAGCCAAUCCAACAGUCAUCACACAGCAGUGAAGUGAAGCUAACAAAUGGCCCGGGCAGUCGGACGUCACAAGUAAAAGUUGUAGAAGUCAAGCCUGAUCUGUUUCCUCCAUACAAGUACAGCUGCACUGUAACGCUGGAUUUGGGACUCGCUACUUCAAGAGGCCGGGGAAAGUGCAAGAAUCCCUCUUGUAACUACGUCUACACCAACCGACAUAAACCGCGGAUUUGUCCCAGCUGUGGUUUUAACCUUGCUAAAGACCGGACUGAGAAAACCACCAAGGCUCUUGAGGUCAGCUCACCGCUCCCAGAUGUGCUGAGUGCCACAGAGCCCCUGAGCCUGGCCCAGAGGGAGGUGCAGCGCCAGUCCACUCUGCAGCUGCUGCGCAAAGUCCUGCAGAUUCCUGAGAACGAGUCUGAGCUGGCUGAGGUCUUCGCCUUGAUUCACGAACUCAACAGCUCUCGACUCAUUCUGUCCAACGUGAGUGAAGAGACGGUCACCAUCGAGCAGACCUCUUGGUCGAAUUAUUAUGAGUCUCCGUCCACGCAGUGCCUACUCUGUAGCAGCCCAUUAUUCAAAGGGGGACAAAACUCCCUGGCCGGGCCCCAGGAGUGCUGGCUGCUGACAGCCAGCCGGCUACAGGUGGUGACUGCCCAGGUGAAGAUGUGUCUGAACCCUCAUUGUCUGGCCCUGCACAGCUUCACGGACAUCUAUGCAGGUCUCUUUAAUGUGGGGAACAAGCUACUAGUGAGCCUGGACUUGCUCUUUGCAAUCCGAAACCAGAUCAAGUUGGGGGAGGACCCCAGAGUGUCCAUCAGCACUGUUCUGAAGUCAGUGCAGGAGCAGACAGAAAAGACCCUGACCUUGGAGGAGCUGAACCAGCUGCAGGAGCUGCUGUGCAAUGGCUAUUGGGCUUUCGAGUGCCUCACUGUCCGAGACUACAAUGACAUGAUCUGUGGCAUCUGUGGUGUGGCUCCCAAAGUGGAAAUGGCCCAGAGGAAUGAAGAAAAUGUGUUGGCACUGAAGAGCGUGGAAUUCACCUGGCCCGAGUUCUUGGGCCCUAGUGAGGUAAACGUGGAGGACUUUUGGGCCACAAUGGAGACAGAGGUGAUUGAGCAGGUGGCCUUCCCUGCCAGCAUCCCUAUCACCAAGUUUGAUGCGUCUGUUAUUGCCCCCUUCUUUCCACCGCUCAUGAGAGGAGCCGUGGUCGUCAACACUGAGAAAGACAAAAACCUGGAUGUGCAGCCAGUACCUGGCCAUGGCAGUGCUUUGGUGAGGCUACUCCACGAGGGCACCUGCAAGCUUGAGGAGAUUGGCUCCUACAGUGAGGAGGAGCUACGGCACUUGCUGAGGCAGUGUGGCAUCCCCUUUGGGACAGAAGACUCCAAGGAACAGCUCUGCUUCUCCUUGUUGGCCCUCUAUGAAUCUGUACAGAAUGGAACCAGAGUUAGACAGCCCCCACCUCAUCUCACGGGGGGUAAAAUCUACAAGGUGUGCCCCCAUCAGGUGAUCUGUGGCUCCAAGUAUCUCGUGCGGGGCGAAAGUGCCCGCGACCAUGUGGAUCUGCUGGUCUCUUCCCGCCACUGGCCACCUGUCUACGUGGUAGACAUGGCCACACCAGUGGCCCUGUGUGCUGACCUCUGCUACCCAGAGCUGACCAACCAGAUGUGGGGGAGGAACCAGGGCUGCUUCUCUAGUCCUGCGGAGCCACCUGUGAGCGUAUCCUGCCCAGAGCUCUUGGACCAGCAUUAUACUGUGGACGUGAUGGAGGCUGAGCACUCCGUCCAGCACCCGGCCACCAAGACUGCCGCACGGCACAUCGUCCAUAUAGACACACAGUCCAGUCUUGGUGACCCCAGUACCGGGCACCACUCUUCAGCCCUGUGCCCUGAGUUAGCACCCUACGCAGCCAUCCUGGCCUCCAUUGCAGACAGCAAACCAAACAGUGUCCGCCAGCGGCCCAUUGCCUUUGACAAUGCCACCCACUAUUACCUCUACAACCGCCUCAUGGACUUCCUCACCAGCCGCGAAAUCGUCAACCGGCAGAUCCAUGACAUCGUGCAGAGCUGCCAGCCUGGCGAGGUGGUCAUCCGUGACACCCUCUACCGCCUUGGGGUUGCUCAGAUCAAGACAGAGGCUGAGGAAGAGGGUGAGGAAGAGGAGGUGGCUGCAGUGACAGUAUAAGCCAGGCUCUUGCACCGGGACUGGGACUGCACCAUCUCAAGCCAUAGUGAGGCCCUUGCCCGAGGCAAAUCCAUCCAGGGAACCAGCGAGAAUGUUCACCUUUGGGGAGGCCUCUGAUGCUGGGACUGACCAAAGAGCUUCCCUUUCCUGAGCAUGGUGGGGCACGGGAGCCAUGGUUCUCAAUCUCCUGGGGGUCAGGAGAAGCACCAGGACACUCCUUACUAGCCCCAGAGAGCACUUAGGGGAUAUAGGAUGUUCAACAGAGGGGAACGGAGGCUGAGGGAAUGCUGGUAGCGGAUGGCUUCCCUGGGGCCUGCUGCAGGUCCGGGUCGAGGUCCUGGGGUGGGCUGAAGCGGAGUCCGGCCUUCCGGGGGGGGAUGGCCACUGAGGUAGCUCUUCCCACCCCAGGGAACGCUCUUUCCAGCCCCUGUGGCCACACAACUUCCUUUUAGCCUGUUGCCUUUGACUUGGGGGCCUUUGGGGCCUCAUUAGCUCUAGGGGUCCCUUUGGGCUCUUGAUUUUCCCAGAGGGGGGAUGCAUUUCCUUCCUACUCUUCCUGCACCCAGAUUUGGGGGAAGCUGAGGAAGGAGAAACAGCCACCGCUCUCUUCCAGGACUGUCUUCUCUGCCCUGAGCUUUAAGGAAGAGGACCCCCUUCCUCCUUUCCCUGGCCACUGCUGCUGCACCCCACAUCCUUUCUGGGCCCUGGAUCCUCACCACAGAAGGGAUGUGGCCCACUGGCAUGACAUAACCUGGCGGCAGUAGGAAAAACUCCCUUCUGUGAAGGGGAAGCAGACUGGGCCAUAAGGAAACAGCGGGACUGGCUCAAGUGCCUAAGGUUUGCUUAGGGCACGGGAAUUGGCCGUGUGUUAUUUAAUUUAUUGAGAGGAGUGGAGUAGGUGGCUUUUUUCCCCUCCUUCCCCUGCCAAGAAUAAAAUUUAUUAAAUUAUC